UUGUACAUGUUUUUAAGUCACUUCUGAGAUCAUAUCCAAGAAUGUUUAUAAACAACACAUUAAAAUACUGAUAACUGAAUAUUUUUAUCAAAGAAAUUCAGUGAGUUUUCUCUUAUUUAAAUCAGGAAUCUUAAAAUAAUACGAUCGACGAUUAAUGAUUUCGUAGCUCGAUCGGUACAUUCGACGGAAGUUUACCUCGAUGUACGAUCGCAGAAAAUAACCCACAUGUUGCCUCUCUGUUUUCGUUCUGCCAUUCGAUCAGCUGAUCAGCCAUGGAGACUUCAAUCUUGAACGCGGCACACGAAAGGCAACGAAGAGCAGAAGCGUUAUUGCAAGCGGGACGGUUCGAGGAGGCAGCCAAGUGCCACGAAACAGUAGCCAGUCUCCUGGGGGAAGCGCACGCCAGACUCGAGUCAACCUACUUACGCUUCAGGACCUCCACAUUAUCUAAUCAAACUCCUCCAACUGUGAUUAACUCAUUCCAUUCCUUAGUCACUUUAGAAUCUCUGAAAUUACAACAAGAUUACCAUAAAAGGCAGGCUGCCAUAGUUAGAAUAAAACAAGCUCAGUACGAAGAAUACAAAGCUACGCUGGAGAAUCAGCAGAGAGAGAUCAACAAGCAGGCAUCCAAGAAGUUGGAGGAAGAGGCAUCCAACGUACCUACGGAUAAAUGCGACGGAUCUCUGCGCCAGGCCAUAUACAGGACCAUCGAAGAGCAGGACAGCCUGCUGACUUUGAUCUCAUUACCAGAUGACGAAGGGGAGGGUUUUAAGUACCCGAAAGACGCUAUCACGAUCAUCGAGGAGCUGAAAACCGUUAAUUACCAAUUACGCUGUCUGGUUGGAAGUUUGCUGAGUCAGUUGGAAACCAAAGAGGAGGAGGUCCGGCAACUGACCGAGCAACUGAAGACCGUGUCCGUCAAUCCCAACGACGACGCCAGAUUAGAUAAUGCACAUUCGAUGCGCCUCGCGCCUCUGCCGCCGCUGACACCUCUCGAGAUGCCCCUUUUCGACUUCACGUCGACGUAAAACGUUGCGCAACCGUAUCGCUCGGUUUCUUUUCCUUCCCUUAUUUAAUCGAAUCUUCCAUGACACCCGUGAACAGGAUACUGUAAAAAGAAUGAGUCGAAUCAGGAUUCGCACAAAUAGUACAAAAGCGAACGUCGCCAUGGUGUUCGGUCCCUAGGCACAGUAUGUAUACUCAAAGUUCAAGUGUACAACAAUCAAAGUUUCGGGUCGUACAAUGGCAGGAUCUUAUCUCUUAUCGAUUACGAAGACAUAGUACUUAUGUUCGCCCGUUGUUUGAUGCUAUUCGGAGGGAUCAAAAUACAUAUCAUCUGUAGGUACCGUUUAGGCAGUCGGUGCGCACCCUAUUUCGCAAAGUUCUACGUCUACGAGUACCAUAGAAAAAUGACACGGCUUCCCGCGGAUCGACAUACUGCCACGCGAAUUUAGGCAGAUCAUGAUAAUAGGAUAUAAGUAACAAAUCUCCACCGUCGCGCGAUAAAGCGUCGGUGUUUCUGCGUGUGUGUGUAUAACCGUUUGUCAAUCGUCACUUACGUGUUGUGUGAACUACUCGUUGCUUGAUCUGUUUUAAUGUUACCGUCAAAUACGUGUGAGAUCUUUGGAAUACUUUAUUAUAUACUAUGUAUUGUUGCUCAAUAAAUCAUCCAACCGAAA